AGAUAAACAUAUUUUAACCAAAAAUGCAGAAGACAGAAACACACGCAAGCUAUUUAUGCUGAAGUCAGACAUCGGGUUUUUGCGGUUCUGAUGCUGUUUUCUACAUGUUAAACCUGCUGAGACAUUUGAAGAUCAAGUGACGGUUCAGUUAACACCGCAUGUCAUCUCUACCACCCUCUAACAAGUAUACUGUACGUUACGCAGUGUAAGGAUUAGAUUAAUAAGCUCUAUCUUAGAAAAACUAAUAGUUGAAAAAGUAUUUCCUUUGCCUGAAUUUAUUAUUUUUUGAUUAAUACAUUUGGUGGAAACCAUCCUGACAUCACUGCAGGGGCUCUUCGAUAUCUGGAGGUACAGCCAAUCAGCAAGUAAUAUGAAUGGCUCUCUUGGAUUGGCUGCUUUGCAAAUGCCAGCUAAUAGCGUGUCAAGCAGCACUUUCACAUUUUAAAGAUGUACACAAAAAUCUGUGAAAAAGUGGGUUUUUUGCAAAUAAUUUAGAGUUACGUUCAACAGACAAAUGUGUGAAUAGGUGCAUCUGCAGGUAACGAGUGUGGAGAGUCCGUUGUAAUUUUUUGCAUCUUUUAAUGUUAGUCUUUGAAAUAUCACAGUGUGUACAUGAGUUUAUGUUUGUCUGUCUUAUCCCAUCAUUUUUAGUAUUUGAGUAGCUUUGAUUUCAAAUAGCUUUUUACUUUUACUUGAGUAAAACCUUUGGGUCCUCUGCCCAACUCUGAUUAAAACUUGAACUGUGGAAAUUUGAAAAAUCUAAAACCAGGACUCGUUUUUUACUUUAUUUUUAUUUUAACUUUUCCAUUUGGACAUCUGAGAAAAAAAAACAACAACAACAUGAUAGUGGAUCUAUCCCACCUGUCCUUUUCCUACACACAUAACGCCCUCCACUAUAGUCCACUUCCUGCUUUAGGAGUGCUCUCCGGUCCGACAUGCAUUCAAACCGCGCCAGAGUUCACUUUAACCGAACUGAGACCAAGGCUUUCAGGCGGGCCGGAGUUUUGCUUUUUGGGUCGAUUGCACACUCACACCUUCCGAAACAAACCGGACUUUCUGGGCAAACGAACUGGAUUUCAAUUAAAGCGGACUAAACAGGGCCGGUGCGAACGCACCCUUAAAUUUGUUUUGAACUUCGCAUUUAUUUUUGCUCCCGUUUGUCACCAGGCGACCCUAACUCUGUGUCUCGCAGUUUACCAACGUGGACGAGCUCGCGGGUUACUUUGAGAACCUCCUCUACAUCAGGGAUCAGCUGUACCAGAGGGAGACUCAGGUGCAGGAGCGCAUGGAGGAGCAGAAGAAAGCCUGCCAGAUCCUGAAGGACAAGCACAACCUGGUGUGGCUGCAAAAGAACAACCACCUGUCGCAGCUCCAGACCGAGCUGGAAAAGGCCCGCUCUGAAGCUCUGAUAUGGGAAAGGCAGUGGAACCAAAUUCAGGAAACGGCUGCAAAGAAGACGCUGGAGCUGGGCCAGAUUACGUAUGCGACCCUUAACCUGUUCGAAAUGGCCGGCGGGGUGACUGGAGUGGGCGGUUUGCACAUCCACGACACGGAGAAACAACUGGAGGCGAUCAAGAACUUCAUGAUGGACCACACAGACAUUGUGAAACAUUAUCAGACACACAUGCAUCGAGAAGCCAGAGGAAGCAAAUCAGAAAACAUAGGAAAUACUAAGUAGCAAACUGUUUAACCUUGUCCCAGUGUUGUGAUGUUACAGUGUCUAUGUCAAACAAAAUAAAAAGCAGAAAUUA